ACCGGAAACAGAAUCGGGCAAAAGCGGAAGUUCCGAAUAUUGCUCCCUGAAUUCUGGAACGGUUGUUGCCUGUUCGUAGACAAAUUUAGUGUCAAAGACGUACCUUUCCCUCGAAGUAAUGACGAAAAUGGACAGAUAGUGUUAAUUUAAAAAGGUUGUGGUUCCUUGAAAAAGCGGUGCUUUCGACUGCCACGCAGGAUUUGGGAGAGCCUUACCCGGGCCACCAGCGUCUUGUAACUUAAAGAACUGCUUUGCGCUUCCUCCUUGACCUUGAUCACUGAGAAUGGCCAAUAGCACCCCAAUAAUAGUGAAGAGCCUGCCUGCUGGUCCUGCAGGUAGAAGCAGCCCAGAAGGAUCUCAGGUCCUCUCUAAGAAGAAACUGCAGGACCUGGUGAGAGAAAUUGACCCAAAUGAGCAACUGGAUGAGGAUGUUGAAGAGAUGCUUCUACAAAUUGCAGAUGACUUCAUAGAAAGUGUUGUGACAGCAGCCUGUCAGCUGGCACGCCAUCGCAAAUCAAACACGUUGGAGGUUAAAGACGUUCAGUUACAUCUAGAGCGUCAAUGGAACAUGUGGAUUCCUGGUUAUGGCUCUGAUGAAAUUCGACCGUAUAAGAAGGCUUGCACCACAGAAGCUCAUAAACAGAGAAUGGCACUGAUCCGCAAGACGACUAAAAAAUAAAAGGGCAAGCCCUUAGGUUGAACCCAAUUUGUAUAUUUUCAAAUUUUUAACUUUUCUUUUAUGCAAUUGUUUUCAUUUCCACUUGAGUUUGUCAUUUUAUUUUAUUGACAGUAGAAAGCGUUUUGAUGAGGUCGUCUGUCUUUGACAUUAAAUAUCGCUCAAUUGUAACGUCUCCCUGAAUUUGAGUGUGUGGAGUCAUUGCACAAUGUUAGUACUUUGGUGUGUGUUUUUUUUUUUCCCACUAAACAGACUGGUAGAAUUUCAUUGUAAGUCUUGUCAAUAAACACUUGCUGGAAGAAUUCUUAUGAAUGGCGA